GUAACCCACCUUCGAUUAUAAAGUGCCCUGACGUCCCCUGCAUUUCACAACACAUAAUGCUCCUACAAAUAAUCUCCUCGAAAUCACAUAUCUGAACGAUAUCAAUCCAUUUAUGGAAGAUCUGCUCAGUCAAGUGAGGUCGAAAUUUAGUGGGAGAGAAGAACUUGGCAACACAAGGGACCAAAGAACGUCAUCAUUUAGAGAGAGGAAACCUCAAAAGUGGCUCAGGAGACAAUUCUCACGCCAAAUGAGUAACAAAGAGCCAGCUGAGGACACAGAGUAUGCUGCCGCAGUUGCAGCAGCUGCAUUUGCCAUUACUUCGAUUGAUUCAGACAGCCCGGAUCAAAGAGCACCAGAAGCAGGACCACAAUUCUCUCUUCCAAGAAUCAUAAGCGGGAUUGUGGACAGAAUUUCGGCAGCAGCACAGCCUGAUGAAGCAUUGAACAGAAACACUGAUGAUCAUCAAGCCAGAAUACCAGAGAAAACUAUCCAUCCAGUACCAUCAAUAAAAAGGAUUCCAACUAUGCCAAAGAAAAGACUAACCUUUGCUGAUGAGCUGCAAGAAGAUAGCGGGAUGCCCUACAAUUACAUCGAAAAGUCUCCAACUUUUGAUGAAGAGUCAGAAGAUGCCAAAAAAUUGAAACCAACCAUUCCCUUCACCAGAAGGAGUCCAUCUGUGAAAAGGACUCCAACUUUUGGCGAAGAACAGACGCAGAAUGCUAAACCCACUAAACAAGAAAGUUCAGCACCAAGACUCUAUCCACCAUCCAAUAUCCCCCCUCCACCCGCAGUUCCACCACUUUACAUAGAGCCUAUAGAUCCACCAAAACGGGCACACAGAGCCAGGUGUGGGAACUUUGACACAGAUGCAGACGCUUGGGAGACAGAAGAAAUGGCUAAAAUUAAAGAAAGAUAUGAGAAACUGAAUGCAACAAUUCUGGAAUGGGAAGAUAAGAAGAAGAAGAAAGCCAGACGCAAAUUGGAAUCAACAGAGAGCAAUAAGGAAAAAAGUAGGGCUAAAGCAUUGCAAAAUUAUCAAAUUGAGAUGGAACGCAUAAGAGAGAUAGCUGAUGGAGCAAGAGCACAGGCAAAGGAAAAACGGAGGAAAGAAGAGCUCAAGGUGAAGGAGAAGGCUAACAAAUACCGAGCAACAGGAGAACCUCCUCUGCCUCCAAUGUGCCUUUGUUUGUGAAGGCAACAGAGCAAUAUGGCAUCUGUCAUCAAGUUACAACAGUACACAGAGGAACACAUAAAACCUUUGGUCAAAAAUAGAGCAGUUAAUUCUUGUUACCUUUCCAUCAAAGGUGUUUGUAAAAGGACAGUCAGUAUAUAUCAUAUUUAAGUGUAAAUAGAUUACAAACAUACAUUUCAAACAAGUCAUAUGUAUAAUACAAUUUGAACAAAGCGUGAGGUGUGGAAAUAUAUUGAUAUAACAAAUCAGCAACUUAAACAGAUGGAACCCUGUGUUUUUGUUACAAACAAAAUGUUUGUGCAAGUGUGUUUUUGUAACAGUCUACCAUUUCAUACCAAUUAGGGGUGAGAUUGAGUAAAUUUGCUUGCGGACAAGAGGCCCAAGCAAAUUAUUUCCCUAUCAGAUGCAAAAGACCACAAUUCCUUUCGUUUAAGCAAAACACAAUAAAGCCAUGAAAACACAAUUGAUAGGACCUCC